UUGGCGUUCGUUUAUUCUUUUGUCGUUGGUUAGUGUAAUUUGCGGUUGAUCGUUUACUCGAGUUUAAUUCGCAUGACAGUGUAAUUUAACAUUUGAUUUUUGAAUUGUGUUAUAAUAUUAGAUCGAGAUUCGUUUAGAAUAGUAUUCAAACACCGAUAGCGAAAAUGUCCGAAGCCGCUACAGAGAAAAACGUUACCCAAGAGGCAAAAGAGCCGAAAGAAGAAAGCACGCCGAAUGCUAAAGAAGAAUCAAAGGAAGGCAAAGAAGCAGUCACCGAAACUGCAAAUGACGCCGCCGCCACUACACCUCCAGCGCCGGCCGCUCCAAAGGGAUGUAAAAAACCGAAUUUCGAAAAAGACGUAAUUUAUUUAUAUCAGUUCUCCAGAACACCAACCAUCCCUUCGGUUUCGCCUUUCUGUCUAAAGGUUGAAACAUGGUUACGACUAGCUGGACUCAAAUACGAGAAUGUAGAUCACAGAAUGAAAUUCAAAUCGAAAAAAGGCCAAUUGCCAUUCGUCGAAUUGAACGGUGACGAAAUUGCCGACAGCUCGUUCAUAAUCAAAGAACUGAGUCAAAAAUUCGAAAAGGAUUUAGAUGCCAGUUUGGAUAAUAGUCAAAAAAAUAUUUCACACGCUAUUAUUUCAAUGAUCGAAAACCAUUUCCACUGGGUUGUACAUUACUGGAAAGUCAAGAAUCCCGAUAAUAUGAUCCGCGGAUAUAAACUCAAUUUGCAACAAUUUUUAGGCACUCGUUUUCCAAAUGCUAUUCUAAAUAUUGUUUUCAAGUUCCGCUUCAGUCGUAAAGGUUUGAGAAAAGCUAGAGCUCAAGGUAUGGGAGUUCAUACGCCCGAAGAAAUCGAAGAAUUCGGUAAAAAUGAUCUUAAAGUUUUAUCCGACUUGUUGGGAGAUAAACCGUACUUCUUUGGAGACGAACCCACUGUGCUCGAUGUGGUGGCUUUUUCACAAUUGGCCCAAGUCUACUUCGUAGAUAAAGAAGUCGAGUACCCGUUACGAGACUAUUUGAACGAAAAUUUCUCCAAUUUGGUCGGACACGUGAAUAGGAUGAAAGAAAGGUGUUUUGCCGAUUGGGACGAUAUUUGUAAAACCUUAGAUAUGAACGCCCAUAUUCCCAAACCUGUUGCCGAAGAAAAAGAAGCCAAAACUAAGGACGAAGAGAAAAUCGCCGAAAAGGAAGGCGACAAGAUCGGCGACGAUAAAGAUAAGCUGGAGAAAGACAAAGAAGGCGAAAAAGACGUCGACGAAAAUAAAGAUAAGGGUAAAGAAAAAGAGAAAGAGAACAAAGAAGACGCUAAAUAAGAAAUAUGUAGUUAUUAACGAUGGUUUUUUUUUUAAAUUAUGUAAUUAAGUAAAAUACAAACAAACAAAAAAAAACUAAAGAAGAAGGAAAGAAAACGAACAACAACAACAAGAACAAAUUUAUAUAUAUUUUAUUCCCUGUUUUUAUUAAUUUUUUUUUUUUUUUUUUGUUCUCCCUCUACAUUCACCCACCGUAUAUCUUACUCGUAUGUUCCGCUUUUACCAGCUUAUUUCUUUUUCUUUUUUUCUUUUUUAAAAACAUCACCAAGGUUUUUAUUGUCCGUAUGUGUCUCCCUCUUUAGCAUUUUUCGAUGUGUUCAUUUGUGUUUCUCUCUUUAACUUUUCCUCUCUCAUUCUUUUUCUGUAUCAUCCCUUUUUAAUAAUUACUUCACGUUUGUUUCGUUUCUCUACGUAUACAAAAAUCAGUCUACUAUUGCUUUCAAUAAUUUCCACUACUUAAGUCUUUCCUCUGCUCUCUCAGAUUCUUGUGUAAAUACUGUUACAUCGUGGAAAUGUAUAAUUAAUUUAUCGAUUACGUUUUCUUCCGCAUCGAAAUCGUUUUGAAGAUUUUCUUUGUGAGAUGAAAAUCCAUUGCUGAGGAUUUCGAUACGAAAGAAAACGUUUACAAGUUGCUGGGCUAGCGAGCAGAGGGAAGAUUUAAUGAUUAUUCUAUCGCGAAAGAAAGAAAAACAUAGGAUAGGGCAUUAGAUGUUUAGGUUUUUCAUUCGGAAUUUUUUUUCUUAUAUGUUUAUUUUACCAUUUUACCAAAGUACGUAAGAAUUUUGAUAAUUUUUUUUCCAAAUUUAUACAUUUCUACGAAAUGAAUUUUUUUAACGGAAUUUUUAUUCGAUUAAUCGCGACGACGAUUGUGUAAGUCGAUGUGAUUUUUGGACGAUACUGAAUCAAGUUGAUUGAUCGGCGACGUUUCUCGCGCGAGAGACGCUCGGCCAUUAUAAAUUGUGAUGUAAAUACGAUGGACGAUGGGACAAUGCGGCAUUUUUUUUUUUAGGCUUCGCUAUUACGCAAGAUUUUAGACGUUAGUUUAGUAGUGUGAUUUAAAGAAGUGGAAGAAAAAAAUUUGGGUCAUCUUGGAAAAAAUUUUCAAAGAGGGAAUUUCAAAAUGGGAGGAGUGAAUCUCAUUCUGGAACCAUCGUGUGUGUGUGUGCGUUGCUGAGAAAAAAAAAGCUUCAGUUGGCCGAAGAUGUAAAGCUAUCGAGUUUUGUUGAUUUAUUAUUUUUUUUUAAAAAAACAAGGAUGUAUACAUAGUGUUAUUUUGUAAAUUAUUAAUGUACUCUCUUCGAUUUUUAUUAAAAUUAACGUAUUUGUUUAAUGUGGUAAAAUUCAGGGGGGUAGGGGGGAAUUCGGCUUUCGAGCAAGAAUAUUACGCGUUGUGAUUGGGUUCUCUCUCGUGUCUGGUCUGGUUUUGUUUUUUCGAUCGGCUUUAAUUUUUUGCUCAGUUUUUUUUUCAUCGUUUGGAGAAAUUCUUUUGUAAAAUAAUUUACACGAUUUUAUUAUAGAGAUGAAUUUUUUAUACGCGAGAAAUUGUUUCCCAAAGUGUGCUCUCUAGUAGAAUAUUUAUCGCAAUAGUGACACGAUUUUUUUAAUUUUUAUUUUUUUUUAUUUUCAAGUUACUGCCAAAAUAAAAUAAAAGCGCUUGUGUGGUCUCUUGUCUCUCUCCUUUUGAUUUUUUUUUUUUUACUUUCUUUCCAGUCUGGUAAUAGAUGAAUUUUUCGAAAUUACGAUAUAUUUUGUGCCUAAUGAUAUACAUAUUAUAAAUAAAGGAUACAGAAAAUAUUAGUAAUUAUAUGGUAAGAUUUUUUUAUAUCAUUUUUAUCUUUUUAUUAUAUUGAUAUAUGUUUAGUUUUUAAUUUUUAAGCUAAGCAGAGAUACAGCCUCUGUGUAGAACCCUUUAUUUUAUUUUAAUAUCGUACCGUAUAUUACUUUAGAAUAGUUGUAUUUUUUUUCUGAUUCCUUUUUUUUUUCAGUGGUACACACUCUUCAUUUUAUUUUAGUUAAUUCUCAUUGCAUUCUCGUACCUCUUUUUUCCUCUCUCUCUCUCUCCUCUCUUUCUAUCUCUCUUUCUCUCUAUCUUGAAACACUGAUUUGAUACUAUUCAUACUGCAUUUUCGAACUGUGUUGUAGUUUUAACGUGUAGUGUGAAUGUAAAGUCAAAAUGCUUACGAUUAAAGAUAUAAAAUAUU